AUGGAGCAGCGUAUGAAGAUGGUGAGAGUCAAAAACAUCAAUCCAGUAUUCUUCAGCCUUCCUCAGCACCCAUAUUUCACUUUUGUACAACAGCACUUCUAUACAUGUGGAUCUAUAGAUCUGCAGCUUUGUGAUAAGCUUGCUGUCACAGCAUCCCCACAGAUGCUGCUGAAACAUGACAGAGGCUGCUGUUAUACAAGCAACCACGUCUUUAGAGCAUCCUCCAGUACUGUCUGUGAUACUGCUCAUUAUUCAGAAGUGCUGCCAUGCAAUUUGGUAGUUACAUUGUUCACAGAUGGAAUCACCAACAAGCUUAUUGGUUGCUAUGUGGGUGACGCAAUGGAUGAUGUGGUUUUAGUUAGAAUCUAUGGAAACAAGACCGAGCUGUUAGUAGAUCGAGAUGAGGAAGUGAAAAGUUUCCGGGUGUUGCAGGCCCAUGGCUGUGCGCCACAACUCUACUGUACUUUCAGUAAUGGUCUAUGCUACGAGUUCAUGCAGGGAGAAGCACUGGAUCCGGAGCAUGUCUGCAACCCAGAUAUAUUCAGACUCAUAGCCAGGCAGCUUGCUAAAAUCCAUGCUAUUCAUGCACACAAUGGAUGGAUCCCCAAAUCUAACAUGUGGCUGAAGAUGGGAAAAUAUUUCUCACUCAUACCUACAGAAUUUACAGAUGAGGAAGUAAAUAAACGGUUCUUAAGUGAUGUUCCAAGUCCUCAAAUCCUUCAGGAGGAGAUGGCCUGGAUGAAGGAGAGACUGUCAAAUCUAGGAUCCCCAGUGGUGCUUUGCCACAAUGACCUGUUGUGUAAGAAUAUUAUCUACAACGAGAAACAAGGUGAUGUACAGUUCAUUGACUAUGAGUACUCUGGAUACAACUACCUGGCUUAUGAUAUUGGAAAUCAUUUCAAUGAGUUUGCAGGAGUGAGUGAGGUAGACUACAGCCUUUAUCCAGAUAGAGAAUUACAAGAGCAGUGGCUGAGAUCCUACCUUGAGGCAUACAAGGAAUAUAAAGGUUUCGGUACAGAUGUUACUGAGAAAGAGGUAGAAGUCCUAUAUGUGCAAGUCAAUCAAUUUGCAUUGGCCUCUCAUUUCUUUUGGGGAUUGUGGGCUCUGAUUCAAGCCAAAUAUUCCACCAUUGACUUUGAUUUUCUAGGGUACGCAAUUGUUCGUUUUAACCAGUAUUUCAAAAUGAAGCCAGAGGUCACAGCAUUAAAGCUUCCCGAGUAAUGAAGAACUUCAGUUCUCCUCAAGUGGAUAAGCGAUCCUUAGAAUCCUUUCUGAGAACAGAUACUGAAAAAGCUAAACAUUUUGUUUAAGUUCUGUAAUGUUCACUUGGUUGUUUUGCUUUACAAAUGAUGCCUCUAAACAAGUCUUAAUGUUAAAUCUAAUAAGAAGAGCAUACCUACUGUUGAUAUAGAAUGGAUUAGAAAUUUGCUAAAUCUAUAAGGCUGUAGAGAUGGCAAUUUAAUCCUUACCUAAGUAAUUUAACAUAUGUUGUAUGUGAUUUAUUUAUUAUGAGUUUAACAUGAUUCCAUUGCUGCUUUCAUCAAUUUCUGUAAAGGUUGAGUUCAGGCAGUGAAACUGUUCCAAAGGAUUUGUUUUUUCACAACUUAUUUUAUUAAAGUGACAUUAACUUAUAUAAAGACUGUAUAUGGUCAGUAGAGAAUCUUAAUCUUUAACUGUAUACAAAACAAAAACAAAAAAACCAUGAAUAGUGGUCAUUUACUCUUGAAAUGCCAAUCACUGGUACCAAGUAAUUGAGGGAAGGAAGAUGAGGAUAAAAGCAAUUUUCUGCAUAACAGUACUUUACAUUUUAUAGCAAGGCCUAUCUACUUAUUAGGGUUAAAUAUCAGCAUUUUGACUUUCCUUCUGCUACUAUUACAUAGUAGAAAUCUGAAGGCUUUAUGGCCACCUGAUUAUUUAGGAACGUGCAUAGUAUCUGACAGGAAACGUACCAACCUUAACUUGUAUGGGAGAGUUUCUUGUUUGUUAAAUUUUUCCAUUUAUUUUAAAGACCACUAUUCCAAAAUCUCAAUAAAUUCCUUAUGUUCUGAACUAUAUAUAUUACUGCAACAGGAUAGACUAUUGGGUUUAAAACAGUGAACAUGAAAUCCCGUUGCUCUUGGGAGCAAAACAAUACCACUUCAGUUAAAGGAUACAUAGAUUUUAAACCUUUUUCCUUCCUUCCUCAUCUUUCCAGCUUGGAUUCUUGUCUUUAAAUAUUUAGGUCCAGUAGUUGUAGAUUCUGUUACAUUUUCUGGUUUUCUUGCUGUACUGAUGGCAAAAAUAUUAGUAGCCCAAAGUCUCAUGUUCAAAGGAUGUUCUUGAAAUGUGUGAGGUUUGAACAAUGGGGCUUUGAUCAUCCUCAAUGUUUUUUAAAAAGCUAUUAUACCAAGAAUGGUUUGAAAUACAAAAUGUGAAUUGAAAAGAAAAUGUUUACUUUGUGACUGUAUGUUGAGAGAAGUUGGGGAUGAUGCUUUAAAUCUUGGAAAUUGCUGUGUUGUUGAGCAGUCAAUCAAUUCUGAUUAUUACUCUGAAAAAACUUUGCACUUUGGUCACUGAAGUGCCCACACGUACAAAGUCUGCGUGUAUGCACAUACAGUAUGUGCAAACACACUCACCGUAGGAGUAGAUUUUAUGGGGAGCCAGUUGCAGACUCGGCAAGAAUAUUUAUUCAAUAUUGCUUUAUAGCAUAUUGUCAAAUGCAGAUGGGCUUUACAAAAGCGUAGCUUGUUUCAGGAUGCUUAAAGCAAUGACAUGGAUGAAAAACUUUCACCUUAUACACCACUUUAAAUAGUGUUCUGUUAUUUUACAAAAGCAAGUUUUAUUCCUUAAAACUAGUUUGUAUUCAUCACCUGGUGGUUCCAACCAUGGAUUUCUUACAAUCACAUUCUUAAAAUUUUAAUAUAAAUGGAUAAACUUUUCAUAAAAAAAACUUGAAAGUGGGUAAGUCUUAUUUAGUACUUACUAAACUAGUUUAUUAAAUUGGACAGAUUCUUUUCAUAGUCUAAAUAAAACUGACCAACUGAAAUGGCAUUUCCUUCUGUAGCAUUAUCAAGGAUGUUGCUAGAGCUCAUGAAAGUGACAGCGAACAGCUUUUUAAUCUUUGUACCUGAAAAGUUCUCUCUUCGCUAAAAGUAUUAUUCUGCCACACUUACCCACAUUAAGUAGUAUCUUGGUCCAUAAGUUGUCCCUUUAAUUUCAGCAAGACAUCUCUUGAAGUAAGGUGCUACUUAGUGUGAGUACCAGUGUUGGAUUCUGAAAAAAAUUAUUUCAAAAUAAAAACAACAAAACCCCCUUUCCUGAUAGAGUAAAGUGACAACUUAAUUUCUGGCAUUGGUAACACAUACAUAUUUGAGAGUGAGCUUUCAAAGUUUUAUUUUUAACCUGGUAAAUUGGAACACUUACCAGAUCCCCCUUUCUAACUAUCCCAAGGAGAACUGUUUUAAAAUAUAUACAGCGGUGUCUGUUUAUUCUGAAGUACAGUCUAGCUCUUAUUAGCCCUAAUUCUUUUCAAACUCUUUGGCUAUUCAAGAGUGGUGUCCCAUACUCUCUGAUGAGAGAACCACAAGGUCCAAAGAAGCCCUGGUAGUUUGACCCAGAGAAAACAGCUGAAUGAGAGCUUCUUGAGUAAAGUGCUGGCUGAAAGAGGCUUGUUAACUGUGUGAGCAAAGAAUCAGCUGUUGUUCGAUUCCUAUUGUGGGAAGCAGGACUUUACAAAGAAUGUAUGAACAGGAUGGCAUCAAAGAAAUACCUGAUUACAUCAUCAGUCUCUCCUCCUAUUGGAAACUGCCUGCUAGAACUUGAAAAUUGGGCUAACCAUUCAGGUCAAAAGAGGGUGACACUGCAGAUCAUUCCUUCUGCAAGAGGGAGAGGGCAGAGCUAGGGUGUCUCCUGUGCAUUUUACAGAUUCCAUUGUCUCCCUGCCCUAGGAGCUCUUCCUAUGCUGGUACUGUUUCAGUUUGGAAUUGUACUGUAAUUUUUUAAAGGAGGUGUUUGUUUAUAUAGUGCAGGUAACAAUCUCUGCAGGGGAAAAGAACGUAAGCUUUUUGUGACUGGAUCUCAGCCUCAGUCAUGUUGAGCUGCUAAAUUCCACUGAACUCCUUUCACAAACCUCAAAAACACUUUGAGGCAAAGAUAUUAUAAAUACAGUAAUCUUUGAGCCAUUUUUAAGAAGCACGAGACUUAUCACAGAGUUAUAAUAGGAGACUUUGCAGUAUAGUAGAGACUUGCAUUUUCAUAUUGCACAUUAAAAUCCAUUUUUAGAAAACAUGGCUGUGCAAUGGCUUCCAUUUAAGACUAGCAUAUGCAGCAAACGUCAAAUUCUUAGAGCAGGUUGUUCGUGAGAGAUGUUAUUAGGAAGUAGUUACUUUUUCCAAAAUGAAAUGCCAGUCACCUGGAGUCUCACACUUCAACAGUUUUAUCCAUAACUACUCAGAAUUUCCUCUCCUAUAGAGGGCAUCCUACAAACAUGUUCAAAUGGGAACUUGGGAUGGUGCACGGUGCAAACUUGGGUUUGUCACUGCAAAUACCCUACGGCCUGAACAUGGGUGAACUAUUGAAGCCUUAAAAUAAGGAACGCCCGUUUUGUUAAAAUUCAUUUCCUCAUUCUUAGUAUUUUGAGGCUAUUUAAAAAGAAGGAAAAUGUCUCAGAGCUCUAGAAACAUCCAUCCUGGCUUUGCGUUGCCAAGAAGAUACUCUGUUGCCUUUCUGUUAAGCUAAAAGCUUGAAUGCCCAAAUUAAUAACUUUUACUGUAUAGUUAAACCUAUAUUGUAAAUAUAAAGAAGGUUGUUAGCAAUGGCAUUCAUGCAUGUGCAGCAUCAGUCAAUAGACCAUAGUGGCCUGGUUGCUUUUGUAAAGCAGAAUUGUGUGAAUUUUUUUCUUCUGACACAUUUCUACAAUCAGACCAGGUUAAUCCAUGUCUGAUUUAAUAAGACAUUUAAGCAUCAGAGCUUUUUAAAUAAUAGCCAGUGUCAUGUAAUUUUAAACUCCUUCAUCUAGCGUUCUUCUGCAUUUGAAAAAGGAAUUGUCAAACUGACUCACAUUAACCGGGUCUGACUGGAUAUGUAUAUACAACAGUGUAAAUAACCAUUUGUAAAUUAAUGUGAAUUGUACCGUAUCUUGCAUUUAUGGACUUGUGUAUUGCAUUGUACUCUCUCCUAUUUUGUAGAAAUUUUGAUGUAAAGAAAAAAUCCAACUUUG